GCUCAAAAAAGAAAAUGCAAACUCGAAUCGUACAAUUAAAUGGGGCCUACCUCAUCAUUCUUCACAAAAAUCAACUUCAGCGAUUUUCAAUAUUGGAUAAUUUUGAAGACACCUACUACAAAAACUUCCAAAAGUACAAUUUACUAUCACAUAAAAAACAAAAACUCUUUUUGGACCAAGAAGCAUGUACAGCUAUUUCUAGCUAGCGAAAGUCGAAAGUCUAUGGACCGGGAAAACAGCAGAUAGUACGACGUAUCUAUUAUAGUUGUCGGUAGCGAAGCCGAAGAACAUUAGAAAAAACGACAACAAGAAUAAACUCAAGAGUAGUAGUAUAGCCUCAAGAAUAACGACGACCGUCCAAAGCAAAAAACGCACAAAAAAUGGCCUCGUCUCCGAAAGUCAAAACUGCCGCUCCUGAGCACAACAAGGGCGGCAAGAACGACCGGCCUAGCUCUUAUGCCGACUAUUUGUCGGACUACGAUCCGUUGCUAGAGGACGUGGAAAAGGGUCACCACGGAUCUGCUGCGAAGCAUGCCCGCGCCGGGGGCGGUGAUAGUCGGAAGAAGUGCUCCCCGUGGUGCAUCGGCCUCCUCGUGUUCUUGGUUCUCGCCCUUAUGGAUGUGUCAGAGUUGAAAUCGACAAAGUUGAAAUAAUUUGUCAUGCAUAAAAUGGAUGCCAGUUGGAACCCAGUUUCUAACUGGCGCAUGACAAAUUUCGGUGGUCCCUAAAUCCAGUUUGUCAUGCUGUUUAGGCAAAGAAGAGCGAUUUUCUCAUGCUACUUUAGCAGCUCGAGCUGUAACCCCAAUCAGGCUUACAAUCGGCCUCACUUGCCUGCUCUGCAACACACGUACCUCGGGUCAUGCAUUUUAUGCAUUACAAAUUAUUUCAACUUUGACGAUUUCAAACCUGACGCUCCCAUAGCCCUGAUCGCGGGUAUAAUCGUGGCCAUUUACUUCGCCGUCGUCAACAGCAAGGGGGACGGAUCCUUGUCAACGGAGCAAAUCUACUCCAUUAACCCGGUGCUGACCUUUGUGAACGCGCCGGACGCCGCCACGCAAAAGAAGGUGCAGGCUGCACUGGACGAGUUGGAGUUCACACUAAUCCCGCAGCUCAAGCAGAAGUGCUACAGCCCAGUUAAGAACAAGGUGCUGGCGCAGGCCUGCCUCCGGUUCGAGACCUACCGCGGGAAGCAGGGGGACCCCACCAAGCCGGCGGAACAGAAGGAAAUGGUCCUGCUGCACACGGCCUAUGCGAUGAACAAAACGUGGACCAUAUCCGGCGGAAAAACGGGGCCCACAACCGAUACAGAUAGUUCUUGCCAUACGAUAGAGAUAGUUCUUGCCAUGCGAUAGAGAUAGUUCUUUCCAUGCUGCAUGCCCAGAUCAUACAUCCAGUUCCAGAGCCUGUGGCUCUGCCAUGCCCCUCCGCAGGGGAGGCAAUUUUUUUCUAUUUGAAGUUGGGAGUUUGUAAAAAUGCGAUAAGUAACCAGGAAGACCAAGAUAGGGAAGUGGAUCUGUGGUGCGUCUGCUGCACUAGUACUUGCAACACACGAUUACACUGCACCAGCAUCGUGUCAUGCGUGAGCCCCUAAACAAAGGUCUGGCUUUGUCUGGCAGAUUUCCCAUCUCUGCUUCGGGGUGUGGGCCCGUUUUUGCUCAGGAUAGACCAACCCGGACACCAACAGCCAGGAGGUAAUCGCGAACGGCUACAAGGUCUUCAAGGACACGUGGGCCUACAAGGCGUUUGACGCCGCGCUGAAGCGGUAUGCGCAGGACAAGCUUUUGGACGGGGUGGACCUUACGCAGGGCAAAAAGCUCCAGCACUACGGGGGGAGCAACUGGCUCUACCAGCAGGGCGCAGGUGGGGAUGAGAACAAGAAGGAGAGCAAGAACAGCGCCGCCGGCCUCGCGGAGAACCGGCGCGACUGGAAGACGAAGGCGCAGUCGAGCAGCGUGAAGGGCGCCACCGCGGUUCUGGCGUUCACGGGGGACCCGGCGAAGAAGGACGCGGUAAAGAAGGUCAUCAAAGAGCUGGAGCAGACGCACAUCCCCGCACUGAUCGACUCCUGCUACGACGACAGCAAAGAACCCGGGUGCCUCUACUACGACGCCUUCCGCCGCAGCAGCAAGAAGGACGACGACAGCGGCGUGUCGCAGGAGUUUGUGACUUACGUGUUCGAAGAGGCGUUUGCGACCGCCGCCGCCCAGCAGGCGCACGGCAAGGCCGAGGCGUUCACGAACUUCCGGACCUGGCGCGACUCGGACGAGGUCAAAGGCCUGCGGAUUCAGCCCCUGUUCGCGUUCUCCGGGAGCGAGUUUGGCCUGCAGAACCUCCCCUCUCUGUACACCGUCAGCAACCGGGUGCAAUUCAAGCACGACGCGGACCCGACGGCGGUCGCCAACGCGGUAAAGGACUUCGAAGAGAACAUUUUCGCCAACAUCCGCAAAACCCCGUGCGUGAAAAAGAUGGCGGACUUGCGCAAGAAGCAGAACUACAGUGGGGCGAAGCAGCUUUGCGAGCGGUACGACGUGUGGAAGAACGACGCGUACGCCGUUCCCGGCGUGACGCCGGCAGUGACGACAACGCUGUUCUCCACCAUGGAAGUCUACCCGGACCGCCAGAGCUUCCUGGAUGCCAUGGCUGCGGACGAAACUUACCAGGCCCUGCGCGACGCGGUUAACACGACGCACGCAACGGUGAUCGACGCGGCAAGCACGAAAAUUUUCGAUCCCGCCGCGGCGCUCGCCGACGCGCCGUUGAGUGGGAACUUGGCGCGCCUGAAUCAACAGACGGACGACGAUUUCCGGCAGCAAGAGGACAGCAAGUCCUUGGGGAUCGACCCGGCAAAGGCCUUGGGGGAAAAAAUCCCCGACCAGACCCAAUACGCCAGUUUCGCGAAGCCGUUUGGGCGGAUUACGAGCAUUCAGUUCGACCCUGCCGCGGUCACCGGGAACAAGAUCAAGGACGUGGUCAGCAAGCUGGAAUCCGAACUGUUCCCGGCCGUGGUCACUUCUUGCAAAGAUACCGAGGAAAACUGCGUCUUCUUGAAUAUUUUCAAGACCACGGGGUUCAGCUCCUCCACCAGCCUUGGCCAGCAGGGCUACGUCAUUCAAGCCUUCUACAAAGACGAAGCGAAAUUCCUGACGGAGGAUAUGGCCGCCCCGGCCGUGAAGGCAUUAGGUGAGUACCUUCUGGCGCCAGAACAAGCACCCUUGUUCCAGGGUGACGCGGCAGGAAAGGCUAGCAUGACGGGAAACUUCGUCACGUUGAACUAACUUUUCAUGGCGGCUAUUUGAUCGAUAACACGACCGAGACGAGCAGGGGUUGGUCAUUGAGAAGUCUUGAUGUACAGUUAUCUAGUAAAACUUGAUGUUGUUCUUGACCACGCAGCUUGAAAAUAAAGAAUGGGAUUGUAUAAGUUUGUAUGCUUUUUAUUGGCAACUAAAGGUUUUUUUUUUGUUUUGUGAAGCUCCUUGAGUUUGAACCGUAGUAAAGAACUACCUGCUGCUACGGUCGACUCAUCGUAGUACUCAUCGCCUCGCAGAGAUAGUGCUAUUGGAGCUCCUUUUGGGGAAUGGAAAUAAUGAUAGCCUCUUUUUAUCGAAGAAGAUGAAAUUUAUCAUGUGUAUGAUUGGACAUUUUUUGAUGAUGUUGAUGUUGCCCUACCAUGUAUGAUUGAACUUCUGGAGUAGUUGUAUUUUCGUAUGUACCUACUUCUGACUUUUACUUCUUUCCUUAUCGAGAUAUAAAGCGUGCUAGUCGGAGCCAUCCUCGUCGGACAGAAGAAAAGCAUGGAAGAUACAAGGCGAGGGUGUAGAGCGUGUUGGAUGAUGAACACGACAAACAAAGAUCGUGGUCGACGAGAUAGGUCUCUAGUACCGCCGAUAAGGAACUAUUGCGAGGAUGCGCUAGUCGCUCGCGCGCUCAAAGUUGUCCUCCUCCGGGGCUUCUUCACGCCGCUUGUAGCGCUAGGAACUUCGCACAAGAAGAAGAACACCACCAAAAACUCUUGCUACCUUAUUUUUACUACCCCGAGAAGUUUACUUCCGCGACGAGGUCUGCAAAGGCUGCUUGUUACUCGCGAGUAGCUGCUCCGUAGAUCUCGAAGAAACUUUCUCUAGGUACUUGGCAUCUAUUGGUAAAAUUAUCGCACGAAAAGAGAAAGAGUCCUACGAUGGACUUUUCCGUGUUCA